AUAAAAGCUACACUAGUUCGUUACGGAGAUAUUGAAUGUUGCAUUGGGCGUCUGUAGAUUAGUGGGUCGUUUGAUUGAAGGUCACUUCUAACCUUUGAUUUAGUUAAUGAUGGUUAAAUGAUGUAGCGGGAUGAGACUGCGUAUGAUACCCGUGAUAUUCAAAGAGGGUAUCAUAGCCUCUCUUACUGGUGGAUUUUAUUUUGAUUCUUCCCAAACUCACUUCGCAAAUAUCAUUCAUGUCUAUGUUUGGAUCAUCCUAUUUGUUAUACCGCUGAUUCUGUAUAUGAUCUCAGUAAAGUCUCACAUCACUGCGUUGCUUUAUGGGUUUUCCAUCGGAUCCUUCGUACUUAUAGUUAAGCUAGUAAUUUGGAGGCUUCAUGAUCUUUUGGAUAAAAGUGACCCCGUUGAUAACAGUCAGAAAGCCAAUAAAGCAUACUCAAAGAAACAGCUAUCAACCCGGCAUCAGACAGGUGUUCAUGAAGAUGAUCAGGAACAUUUUCAAGACAUUAAUGACAUUGAGAACAAGUGCCGAAGGAUUGGAGUAGCGGGGAUUGAAUUGGCUGAUUUAAGAGACUCUACUUUCAACCAUGUUUGCCAUUUUACUGAUAGUGAAAUAACUGUUGGCAGUGCCAUUCAAAAUACACAUAUAUUGAAUGACAAGGGGAUUUGUAAAUAUGAACCUUUGGAAAACAAUCUAGGAUCAGAUCUUGCAUUUUCUGAUAGUUUUACCGAUUCUAUCACAUUUCCCGUUUCUUCUUUUCAACUUGGGCCUUCCGCCUCACGAUUAAACUAUGUUACAAUCGAGCAGUCGUCUAGUUGUUCAAAUGGCGAUUCUCUAGUUCCUGAUCUAUGUGCAGUUGAAGAAGAGAAACAAUCAACGGAAAAUAAGCUGAAUCCGUCAAACUCUAACUGUGCCUUAUCUUCUAAUAAUAGCAAUCAAAUUUGUAAGAGCGAGACGAUUACUUCAGGACUACUGAAAUCCACAACAUCAUCAACGUCAGCAGAGACAAAGAACACUGACUUCGCCCAAAAUUUAAAUGCAAGAACAGUUAAACCUAUUUAUGUAAAUACCUUGAUAAAAUCGUUUAGUGGGAGAAAUGGUCGGAGGGCUCCUGUUAGAAGGCAGUUUUCUGAAACAGCAGUAAAAAAUGCAUUUGAAGUCCAACGGUUGGUUACGUUUUAUGAUCAGACUGAUCGGGUCUCUGGUUCGCAGUUUGAUCACUUUGUUCCUGAGAUUACUGGUCCGAUUACAGGAGAGCUGUCAGUCGACAAAUCUUCGCGCCCAAGUACUUCUAUACCUAAUCGCUCCCUUGUGAGAUCUAGUUCAGUACGCACGGAAAUCGAACAGUGUAAGCGUAUUCUAAAUCAACUGAAACGGGAUGUGAGUCAACUUCCUCUCUUACCUAUUGCCCGAUUCACUCCUUCAAUGAAGGAUCUAGACACCUUAGAUUUGAAUCCCAAGGUUCUUCAAGCAGCACCUUUAUCUUAUGUCAGAAGCAGAUCACAGCUUCGAAGACGUGCUUUGUUUAUAGAUAGGGAUCAGAAUAAGAGAACUAUUACGUAUUUAACUGCAUCCGGCCGAAACAGCAUUCCAUAUUCCACUGAACUUUCACUAUCCGAGACAAUUUUCUUCUGGCGUCAGUGCUUUGCAAACAUUAACUUUGACAGGCCUGUGAGACGUCGACAUCAACAAGCUGACAUAAUUGCAUUCAAUGAGAUUCCUUUAUCCAAUCUGAAUCUUCGUCCUCGCAGACUUCCUCGGGGAUGGCGCUCUCACAGUCUACGUUAUGAUCUUGCAGCCAUGAAACCAUUCACACCUCACCCUCGACAACUCGUUCGACGUCCUGGUACAUCUGUCUGUUUACAACGUCAAGAAUCAGCUGGGUCAACCUCAUCAGCUGUAGUCAAAAGUUCUCCACUGCAGUUUAGUACUCCAGAAAGGAAAACUAUUAAAUUUUCUGUGAGUGAUUCACAUGAUUCUACUGGAUCUGACAUUGUUGAGGCAAUUACUUUAGAUAGUCAACAGGUACAAAAUGAUCCUGACAACAUACCUGUUGAUGCUUCAAAAUGGCCCGUCAGUUCUUCGAAUCCUCUUGAUGAAGUUCAACCCAGUACACAGAGUCAUGAUUCAAACGAAAAAGUAGAUGAAUAUGUGGAGAAAAAAGUGAAAGAUAUAGAGAUUACCUCGUUAUCUAACCAUUUAUCUGAUGAUGGCUUUACUGUUAAUUUGCAAACACCAAUAACUCAUCCUCUGGAUGAAUCAAGUUCAAAUAAGAUUGCUAAUGAUCAUUACAAUGUCGAGUCUAACAAAUCGCUUCUUACAAAGACUAGAGGAUCUAAUCGUUUAACUCGUCAAGCUGGAUUUCGUCGUCGCCCUGCUAUGUCCUCUGGUUCUUAUAGUCAGUCAAAAGGUAUAACUUCACUUAAAAAUGAAAAGGCGACUAGUUCUCGUGAUAAUCACUUACACACGGAAGUUACAAAAAAAAUAAAAAGAAGUGAUGUAGACAGUACUUUACAGACUUCAUCGAGUGUUUCGAAGCCUAUAUCAACAAAUCCUAUUUCAGUCGAUCAAGCUGUUGACGAUUUACUUGCUCAUCUAAUGGGUGUUAAAUCAUUGGCUGAUACUGGAUUAACUCGACAACAGUGCUUAUUUCAAUUACGUGGUAAUGGAAAUACUGAAGAUUCAGAAAAUGCUGAAUGGGAUAUUUUGUAUGCCGUCACUGAAGCUGCCACUGAUAAUUCUACAGUUAAACCUGAACCAGCUGAAACUAUUACUACUAAUAUUAAUGCUAUUACCACUACUGCUACUACAUCUCAGACUGAUGGCCAACCAGCUCAAUUCCGAACUACCAAUUCCGAGUCAAAAAAUCGCGAUGAUAUCUAUCAAGAUGAUACAUUUAAUAACUUAGAUGAAGAUUCAUGGGAUUUACAAGAAAUCAGUAUCAAAGCAUGUCCAUCUACUAAUGACAAUCAAGAGGUUGAUGAUGAAAUUAAUACUCAAGAAGCUGUGGCUAAUCGAUCCAAUGAUUCUGGUUCCGAUGAUAAUGGCGGUAAUAAUUCAUCGUCGAAUUCAUUACUUUGGUUUUUUCGUAAAGGUUUUAGACCUUCGAAAUUACAACAACAACAACAACAGCAACACCAUCCAUUAUCAACUGCUCCUAUACAUACCAUAUCAUUAUCAUCAUGUUUUCCAUUUACAUUUCGUUUUCAGUUGAAUCGUUUAGAGUUGGGAUACAUUUUUGAUAAAAGUUUUACUACCAUGGAAAUUAUAUUAUGCUCUAUUUUGGCGGCUUUAGUCAGUAUUAUUGGCUAUUAUACGUUACGUACUGCAAGUUUUCAAGAUUAUGGACCAUUGGCAUGUUUCACUAUUGCUGGAUGUCAUUAUUCACUUAUGAAAAGUGUUCAACCUGAUCCAGCUUCACCAAAACAUGGAUUCAAUCGUUUGAUCGUAUUCACUCGUUCAUUUUUCUUCUGUUCUUUUGCUUCUAUCUAUCUACUAGCUAAUUACUUAUAUCAACCACAGAAAUCUGUACCAUUUUCAGGAGUAAUGUCAAGUAUGGAACAUAUAGGAGAAUUACGUUUUGAAUCAAUUACAACAAUAUAUCAAUCGACUAGGCAAAUGUUACCAUUAGAUAUUAGUGAAACAUCAAAUGAAUUAACAGCAGAGAAAAUAAAUUGGCGUAUGCCUAAUUUUUAUCAUCUAUCUCAAUCUUCUAAAAUGAUUGUUGAACCUGCUUCUCCAUCUACUUUUAAAUUCUAUGGUGUUCAUUUGUCAGUAGAUCGUUUAACCUACAUAAUUAAAUAUUCAUCUAUAUAUGUUCUAUUAAUAUUUCCUAUAUUGUUUUGUCUUGGCUUGAUGCCUCAAAUAAACACUGUACUUAUCUAUGCUUUAGAACAAUUAGAUAUUCAUGUUUUUGGAGCAAGUGGUACUACUGGACUUUUUUCAGUAAUAUUAUCUAUUUUUCGUACAUUCAUAGUGAUUGGUUUGACGUUUGUUCCAUGUUAUUAUUCAGUACAAAAAUCCGAUCCCCAAUGCAUGUUAUUUUCAAUAUUUUGGGGUAUACAAAUUGCAUUGUGCUUUUUAUUAAGUCGUUUACCAUCGAAUGCUAUACUGUAUGAGGCACUUUUUCCUUCUGAACGUCGUAUGUACUAUUGGUAUCGUAUUCGAAUGUUUUUCUACAACGCUUGGCGUAAAAUAACUGUAAAAUGUAACUUAAUUUUUCAAUCGAAAGAGAAAAGGAAAAAAAAGAAAACACACAGAUCUCAAUUAACUUCUAUCGAUAAUUCUAAUUGGUGGAAACGAUUACCUUUACUGUUUCCUAAUCUUCGUAUGAAAUCUACAAAUGCAUCAUUUAAGAAAACUGAUGAAAAUGUUGAAGAAUUUCUCCUUACUCGUCUAACACAUACAAAAGGAUGUGUAGAUGUUGAGAGUGGAGUACCAGUUCAAAGUCAUAGUUUGCCAUGUCGAUUGAUCAGUCGAGACAGUUUAACUCAGUCGGCUUCUACACCCGCUAUUAAAUACAACUUAUCUCAUUUUGAAUCACCUUCAACAAUUGUUGUACCAUCCAGUUGGAUCGAAUCUCAAGAUGUUAAUAAUUCUGAAAAUAAGAAAUUCUCUACACUUGAUAAAAUUAACAAUAAUACUAAUAAUAAUGAUAAUAAUAACAAUAGUGAUAAUAAUAAUCGUACCAAUACAUUACCAUCAUUUGUAAUUGAUCAGAAUCUAUCAGCAUCUGUGAAUACUCUAACAAUAAGUAAAGAUAAUUCAAGAGUGACCACUGAGCAAUAUCAAACUACCGAUUCAAAAAUAACACAAUCACAAUUUGAAAAUAAUGAUCCUUUACCAAAUUUAAUUAGAAUCUCAUUAUUGGCACGUUUUGAAAAUGAUUUACUCUCUUGUAUUUUAUGGUUCAUUUUAGCAUUUCUUAGUCAUUUAACAAUUACUAUAAUCACUACUACUAAUACUACUAUUAAUUCUACAGAUUUUCAUUCUUAUUAUUACUGUUACAUUUUAAAUUGGAUCAGUGUUGUACUUGGUUUUCUGUUGCAUUAUGUUUGGCCUAAUUUUAGAAAGCCGUAUCCAUGGUUACUGCUUGUGAAACCUGUUGUUGAACCCGAUCUUCACGGAAGAAUUAUUCGCUGGGAAGUUGCUUAUUUUUGGUUAUGUUGGUUAGAAAGAAACUUGUUCUUGCCUGCCAUUACUAUGUGUACAGUCACUCAAUCUUUUGAUUCAAUGGCAGUGAAGUUUGGACCGUUACUAUCCACCUUCAUAAUUAUUGUAUGUAGUAUGAAAAUGUUACGGAAUGGUUUUUGUUGUGCAAAACAAACUUAUCUAAGUUUGUUUUUCACAAAUUUAUUAUUUUCAUUUGAUUUCUACAAUUUUAAAGAAGCAUUCCCUAUUAAUUAUUUCUUUGUAUCACUUCUUGUUAGCAAGUUUAUUGAAUUAUUCCGGAAAUUGCAUUUCAUCUAUGUAUAUUUGGCUCCAUUCAAUAUUAUUUGGGGUUCUGUUGCACAUGCAAUUGUGCAACUUGGCUCAAUUCCUCAUUCUGUAUUCCUAUUCGCUAAUUGCAUUUUUUCUACAAUUUUAUCAGCACCAUUGGAACCUUUUAUGGCUAGUGCAAUUUUUAUUACAUCUUAUGUUAGACCGAUUUGUUUUUGGGAGACUAAUCAUCGGACACAACGAAUAGAAACUACUAAUAUGCCUAUAGCAGCUCAAUUAAAAGGAAUUUCUAAACAUCAGGUAUCUGGUAAUCUGGAUGGCAUAUUUUAUGAACAUUUAACGAGGAAAUUACAACGAACAUUAGCUGGUGAUUUACAACUUGGACGUAUUGGUGGAUUAACCGUUCAACAUGGUGAUGUAUUUAUUUUGUCAACUGAUGAUUUAAACCUGUUGAUUCAUAUUAUUGAAGUUGGCAAUGGAUUCGUUACUUAUCAACUACGUGGUCUUGAAUUUAUCGGUACUUUGUGUCAUGCUAGUGAAUCAGAAGCAUUACGUUCAGAUCCGCAUAAAAGUAAACGAUUCUGUUGUUGUCAUUCAAAAACUAUUCAUGGAUUGUUAAGCUUCAACACGGCUGUUCGUUUGCGUUGUAUGACAUGGCAAUUUGCAUAUACACCAUACAUAGUUGAGGGUUAUGAAGUUACUGAUCAUAGUGCUGGAUUAACAUUUCAAUUGACAGACUUACGGAAAGUAUUGAUCAGUCGGUUUGUUCAUUGCAUUAUUUAUUAUGUUUGUAAAUUGCCGAAUUUGUCAAAUCGAUUAACACAACUAACACCAUGUUUAGAUUCCAAUCGAUUUUUAUCACCAGAUUACUUUGAUUUGGAUCCUGUAUUUUUCAAAGCAAUUGAUGAUGAUUUUGAUGAAGAUGUUAGCGGUGUUACUAAACAACGUUUUAUUCAAAUUUAUUCUGAUUGGAUAGCGUAUUGUUUGAAAAAGCAAAUUGGAAAUUCAUCUGUACCGUGUGGUCCUGAUUCACCUGUGGUGUCGUUAUGUUUAGCCUUAAGUUUACUUGGUAGGCGAUGUAUGGGUGGUCAACAAUCAUCAAAGCCUAUUUUGGAUCAAUUCUUGCAUGGUGUCCACCAAGUAUUUGCAGGAGAUAUUAAUUUAGUCCCAAGAGAUGAUUGGGUUCUGGUGGAUCUUGAUCUUCUUCAAACUGUUGUUACUCCUAGUGUUCGUAUUGCAUUGAAACUGUAUCAAGACACAUUUACAUGGUCAUCAGGUAAUACACAUAGUGAAUUAUACAAGAAAAUUGUUUAUACAGAGAAAAAUGUUGUGAUUUGUCCAGAAACUGAUCCAAAAUGGCGAUUUGCUGUUUUAAAUGAUGCUGAUUGUUUAUUCUCAUUUCGUUGGGUAUCUGGUCGUACAUCAAUGGAUGUUUAUCGUAUUGUUCAGCUAACUAAGAGAAGACUAGAAUUUAGAGCUAUCAAAUUAAAUCCUGAAUGUGUUCGAGGUUUAUGGGCUGGUCAACAACGUGAACAAAUAUUUUUACGUAAUAAUAAUGAAGAACGUGGUAGUAUACAAAGUGCUAAUCCAGUCCUACGGAAUUUAGUCAAUUCUAGUUGCGAUCCACCAAUUGGUUAUCCAAUUUAUGUUAGUCCUUUAAUUACUAGUUUUGCUGGUGAUAAUGAUGAUUAUAUUAAUGUAUCUGGUGGAGAAUUAUCGUUUGUUAGUAUACUAUUACGUAUAUGUGAUUGUUGGAGACGUUUUCGUCAAUUAUGUGGUUGUAAAAAAGAAAAAUGUGAUGGUCAAAUUGAGUCUACAACUAAUCCAUCAUUAUUUACACGUUGUAAUACAAGUCAACAGCUGAAAACUAAUGUGUCAAGUACCACUUAUAAUAAAUCAAGUACUCAAUUGGCAUUGUCUACUUAUCCAUCAACUAGCAAUGAUAAUGAUAAUCUUGGUAAAUGGUCUUCUAAACAAGUAGACUGUAAUGAGGAAACAACUUUAAUUGCAUUAAUUCAUCAACAAAAUGAUUUAGAUAAUAUAACUGGAGGUAUUUUGUCUGCUACGACAAAUAAGUUUCGUGAAAAUUGUCAUUUUGAUCAUAUUUGUUGUUCCAUUGACCAAUUGUAUAAAAAUAGACAACAAGUUAUAAUUGUUGAUACUUGUCAAAUAUUAAACGGACAUUUAAACAAGUUACAGUGGCCAUUUAAAGGUUGGUAUCUACGUAGUUUAACUUAUUCAGCUUGUCGUUCAUCUGUAUACUCCGGUCUUGGAGCUUAUCGUAUCCACAGAUGGACUCCAAAUAAUCCUGAUCCGAAUUCACGAUCGUUUUGUCAUCGAACGAUAGCUUUACUUGCAUUUCCAGAAGGACCACCACUUCUUGACGGAUAUUAUGUAGCUAUCUGGGAAGAUAAAGGUCUCAUUGAAGUCAAAGAUUCAGAUAAGGAUAUUAAUACUACUAUUACUACUACUACUAAUAAUGAUAAUGAUAAUAACAACAAUAAUAGUGAUAAUAAUAAUAGUCAUGAUCAAUUUCUCAUGAAUUGUUUAUUUACCAACAGAAACUGAUUUCCAACAUGACAACAGUGAUUCUCUACUUAUCUCUUUCUUCUCUUUCUAUUAUCAUCCUUAUACCAACGAAAAUCUUUAAUCCCACAAUAAUGCAUCUAAAUUAUACUUGUAUCUAUGUAACAAUGUUUCAGGUUCUGUAUAAAGUAUAGCGUUUACGAUCAUAUAUGUAUACAUAAUCAACUUUAUUUAAAGAUAUAUUUAGGGGUUAUAUUAUUUACUAGAAUUUCAUCUUGUUGACAUCAACUUCUUGACAAAUUACAGAUUAUUUCGUUCAUUUCUUUUUGUGUACAUAUAAUUUUUUUUCUUUCCAGUCAUAUGAUUAUUUAUUAUUACACCAAAGAGUAAUACAUACAAUAGUCAGCGCCACUAUGUGCCUACUGGUGGCCUCCAAAAAGAAUCGUUCUUUUUUUUUCUUUCAUUUUGACAAAUUAAUUUUAUUGUCGCUAUUAUCAUUUAUGAUUUCAUUAUAGUGUUAAAUAUUUAUUUUAUAUAAAUAAUUAGUUGCAUAUUGUUUACUUAAUCACAUCUGAAUGUUCUUUCAUAUUAGAAAAGAAUUUACAUUCGUGGGAUCAUUGAAUAAUGGUUGUUAUUGUUUGAUUUUGUUUCCUAUUCUAAUGUAUAUUCACUAGCCUAACUUACUUUACAUCUCAUAUAUGUUUUAGGUGAUCAGCUCUAGUCGUCUAAUAUUUCGUCUAUUUUCACAAGGUGGUUUUGUGAAGAUUUUAGUAAUUUUAUAUAGUUAAGAUCAUGUGUCAGUUGAAGCUAGACCACCAUG